AUGAGUUCAAUUGAAAAUACAAUAUUCUUGUUCUUAACAAUUUUAGUUGCUAGCAUUGUCCCUAGCAUCUCACAAUCAUGGAAAUCAUACGGGUUUUCAAAACACAUCAAUUAUACAGUUUGUGAAGAUUUUUCUGAUCUUGAAUCCUCAUUGUAUUGGAAUUAUCAUCCUUCAUCAAAUAUAGUCGAUGUUUCAUUUAACAAAGCCAACACAAAGGAUUCAAAUUGGGUUGCAUUGGCCAUCAAUCCUACUUUAAAUGGCAUGUUGGGUUCACAAGCAUUCGUUGCAAUUCAUACAUCAAAUGUUACCAUCAGAGCAUACAUAUCUCCAAAAACCAGUUAUGUGACAAUGUUACAAGAGGGUAAUCUCAGUUUUUCAGUUUAUAGCCUUUCUGCUUCAUACACCCUUAGGUCUCACUCUUUCUCACUCUCCAAUCUUCGAUCCUAUGGAACCAUUAAUUUCAUAUCCGACAAGGUUUCUAAAGUCACUAAAGAUGUGAACUCACAAACUGUGUUGAGAAAUGUGUUUGACUUUUUAGGAGACACUUGGUUUCACCUACAUCUAGCAUGCCAAUCAUUGGCCUUUUUUAUCGUUAUUGUUGGGUUUGGGACUGGUUUGUAUAUUGGAAAACAUUAUGGGGUUCAUCAUGCUCCUCUUCAAUGCGUUGGAAUCAUUCUAAUGUGUCUUGCAUCUGCACAAAUUUGUGUUGCUGUGUUUUUUGGGCCUAAGAAGGAUCACAAGUAC